UACGCAGCUGGUUGCAACAGCUUCACCAAGUGUCCGCUAUUUCUGACGCUAGAAUUGGCUGCAGCAUCUUAGUAGUAACCGAAUCACCUCAUUUGUAUUCCUACGUUGACAACAAGUCUACAAUUCUAUUACUUUUCCAUAAACUGGUUCAAAGGUAGCAGUCUAUUUUAUAUUCUUACUUGAAGCUCAAUACGGACUCUGCAAGGAUCAGACUGCAUUUUAGCAAUGGGAAACAAUCUAAUGAAAAAGCCCUGGCGUGAUGUGGAAUUCUCAACCAGAAACAUGGAUGAUUUGAAGAACAAGCUAAUUAACUAUGAAUCCCCAAAUCAAGGCAUUCCUGCCAACAUCUUGCUGCUGGGAAGGUCUGGCCAUGGAAAGUCAAGCUUCAUCAAUACUUGUGAAACAGCAUUAAGUGAUCGAAUUAGAUCACGUGCAGUAACGGCUUCGAGUACGGGUUCAAGUACAACUCAACAUUUUCUAAAGUAUCAACUUACAUCGUUUCAAAACCAAAAAGAAACACCAAUUAACGUAAAUGUCAUGGACACCAUCGGAUGGGAACCUCAAACAUUCACAUUUGAAAUGUUUAACAAGAUUCUCAAUGGUCAGAUUGAAGAUAAACAAAGUUUUUCUGACAAGACAGAAAUAACGUCUGAACCAAGGAACAAGGUGCAUUGCGUGGCCUACGUUGCUGAUAUGGAUCAAUUUCAAAAUAUGGAAUUAGAUGACUUGGAUAGUUUCAAGAGAUUUGGGAGGUAUGCACGUCAAAAAGAAAAUAUCAACACGUUCGUUAUAAUCACCAAAGUAGAUGCGUGUUUACCUGAGGGAACAUCAAUUAGUGACAUCUACAAAGUGAAGAACAUUGAGACGAGGAUGAAAGAAAUAUGUUCAGCUUUAGAAUGCGAUGAGAAGUUCGUCUUCCCAAUGAUAAACUAUCGCGACUGCAUGAACGUGGACACCAAUACAAAUAUCCUCGCCUUGUCCCUCAUUAGUGCACUCGUUGACGCCGCCUCUGAUUUCAUAUACAAUAAUAAAAAAAAAGCAGCAAAUGAAAUGAAGCACACUCCCACUCCAAAUUAGUCUCUCACCCUUACUUUCUUCCAUUAUUUUUUCCAUAUAUUUUUUUCUAUUCCACUGCACCCACCCCUAUUCUCUCGCCUCUGUCCCACUCCCAGACCCACAGUCCUCUUUCUCCUAUGACCCUCAAUUCCUGACCAGGCACCCACGUUUUGCUUUCUCUAUGCACACCUAACCCCAUCUCUCCUCCAGCCCUACGCGGUGCUCCUCAUUCAGCUCAUCUAUCUGGCAUCAGACACUCUGCCCCUACCACCCUUCACCUACCCUCAUCCAUGCCCAUUUUACUACUUCAUGCAUGUGCUACAUACCCCGCUGCCUCUCAUCCACGUUGCACAUAUCAGACGCUCUCACCAUCACAUUCUACCUUAUUCUCACUUACCUACACCAGAAACAUCAGCUCCAUUCCCAGCCCCUGUCCCACCAUACAUUCCAUCACCUCCCUCACUGACAGCUGCUCUACCCCACUCGUUACUCCAUUUACCCCGUGUGUACCUCCGUCGGCUUGCAUUGUAAAGCGCCCUGGAAAGGGUUCUGCCAUAUACAUACUUCUUAGAAUAGAAUGUUCUACUGUGCUAAGAAGCAGAAUGCUAUGCAGUGGAUUUAGAAAAUGUCGAAAUGAAAUGUGUUAAAAAAUUGCUCGGAUAUUACUAUGCAUCUCGAUGAGAGCUUCUAGAAUCAAUUGGUGUAACCACCUGUUGAUUUACAUGUGACUUGGAAACGUCUGACGAUAAUGAAUAGUAAUCUACAGUUUCAGUGUUCAAAGAUGUCACUUGAAGCCUACUGCAUGCGAAUUAGGAUUUAUAAUUAUGGGAUGUACCCUUUUUUCCUGGUGAGAUGUGGUUAUUUUGAGGGCUCCCUCCACUGCAAAAAAAAAUCUAGAAUCAACUCACUGUUGCUUCUGAAUAUAUUGUAUCUUCAAUUCGAAUUAUAACUAAUCUGUAUCGUUGAGGUAUGGGUUUAAUGUCUUAAGGAGAUGUGACGAUGGCGUGAAUCUGCGUAACUCCACGUCGGCCCUCAACGAACGUACGUUAGCGCCACCACCAUUAUUGUGAAUAAGCAAAUAAUAUUCUGCUAGUUUGUUGGUGUACUUACAACAACAUUACGGCAUUACUGUGGUAUUUGUUACUGAUAGAGUAAUUGAUUACUACAAUAAUUAAAAUAACUGUGGGUGAUUGGUAAUUGAUUGUGUGCUCUGCACACGAUGACAAAAUAGCACCUGGAUAUAGCUUUAGAAUUGACAGUCUGCAUGUGCAAAUUAACUGUUGUCACUGUGUAACUAGUAGUCGCCGCCCGCUUCGCGGGCGGUGUGUAUAUACUUGGUUGGUGGGGAGUUGAAAGUGGCUGGACACAAUAUACAUGUUUUGGUGAUUGUUUUAUGUUUAUUUUUGUGAGGUUAUAUGCAUUUUUAUGAGACGCUCAAUCGACAAUAUUAAAGAAUGCAAGUUA